UCGGGCUGCCUGGUGUAAAAUGGCGACGCGGAGCAGGCAGGAUGAAGGGCAGCUAGGCCCGUUUUUAAACGGCUAACACGCGCUGUGUUGGACGCUGUUGAUGUGUCAACUUGCUUAGAUCAGUGACAAGUUCUUCGUUCAGUAGCGGUAUCACGUUCAAACACAGAAACUGUCAUUGUAUAAGUGCAAGGCAUUUGUAUGGGAUGUGCAGCGUCUUUAAAUAAGAUUCCGAGCUACCGUGACAACACUGCUAGUUAGCCAGCUAAGAGCUAACGUUAGCUGCUCUGUUAACGUUGGCACUAAGUUUCUAUGUAGCUUAGCUAGCUGUUGACCAAGGGUGCUGUCACUUCACAAGUAUUGUCAUACUUCACCAGUUAAAACUGCUCACACUUGCAGUAGAUACAUUUCAACAUCAACAACUACACAUCCUUAAGUAAAGAAACUUCAUAUUGCUAAUACUAAUGUGUACAGACAACAUGCAUCUGGUGGGGUCAAAGCUGUGUUACUUGUGUAGAUAAACUCAAGGAGCAGUUACGUUGGUUUUAACAUUACUGACGCAAACACUGUUCAGAGCACGUAUGAUUAACCACGUCAUAAUCGAUAUUCAUCAGCUAACUCCUCUACUGACGUGAAUAUAGUAAAACGGGAUCGUGUGCAAAAGACUGGCAGUCAAGGAACUGUCUUGAUAUAUAAAAACAUUUUUCAUAAAUCAUGCCAGUCUAUUUAUCUCAGGAUAAGACAACAUAAUUUGCCCAAAGGAGAUUUACAAUCUGACACCUGCAUUUGAGGAAAUGUUUUGAUCUUACAUGAACAAAUGAACUGUAGAUGUCAACCAGCAAAUGUUGUGGAGCAAAAGUUUUAAGUGUGAUUAUGGAUUCUGAGGAGAAUGAGGUGGAGAGCAGCAGUGAUGCAGGUCCCUCAGGGAUGGAGGAGCCGUCUGAAAGCGGCAUGGGUAUGGAGUCAUCGGAGGCCAUGUCUGCAGACAGCAGCGAUGCUGCUGCCUCUCAUGCACAGGCCCCAGAGUCCGACUGCCAUGUGGGACAGAGCUCAGAGGGAGUUGUGGUGUUCAUCCCAGAAACCAGCUCCAGUACAGACGUCAGAGUUUCAUCAGUCCACCUCCCAGACUCUUCUUCAGUGGCCCAGUCCACCAGUGUGUCCAGCGUGUCCACAGUGACUCAGUCAGUGCUGGUGUCUGAGUCACCCCGAAUGAUGGUCCACUCCAGCGCUGUGUCUGAGGGAGCCAUGAUGGUUUCUGACUCAACAGCUUCUACCUCGUCAGAUCUGGGAUCUGCUAUUGACAAGAUCAUAGAGUCAACAAUCGGCCCUGAUAUCAUGAAUGGCUGCAUAGCUGUGACAAGUGCAGAAGACGGAGGUGCAGAAACAACCCAGUAUCUGAUAUUACAAGGACCAGAUGACGGUGCUCCUAUGGUAGCCCACAUGUCAUCCUCAGCCCUUUCUGAUCGUGUAUCCAUAGAAGCUCUUGCAGAGGGCCCCACAUCCACCUGUGUGGACCAAGGAGACCUGCAGGGCAACCUUGAACCUGACCAGCCUGACGACCAGCCGGGUCACUCGGGUUACCCAGAGGACAGCAGCAGUCAACCUGACCAGCCCCAGCACUCCCACCCCUCCCAGUACAUGGACUGCAGUGCAGAUGGUCCAGACCAGACAGAGGAGUCCUCAUCCUCCUAUGUUGAGUGUUCGGGCGAGGAACCUGACCAGACCCGCUCCCAGUCUGGUUUCCCUGACUACAGUGGGGAUAACAGUGACCAGGACCUGCCUGGAUAUGUGGAAUGCAGCGGAGCUGACUCAAACCCGACCAGCCGAGGCCACUAUGUGGUGGAGUGCAGCGCUGGGUACCUGGAGUGUGCCGUGGACGAUGGUGAGCGACCGCAUCACUCACGAAGUUACAUUGACAGUAGUGCAGACCACCGGACACAGACAAGUCGGCAGUAUGGGGCUGAGUAUGGAGCGGAGUGUGUCGCAGCUGCAGACUCUGAGCAACCAGGUUGCUCUCGAUACCAGUCAAGGGACGAUGAUGAGGAUGACGAGCAGAACCAGGAUCCAGAUCAGCCGCAGCACUCCCAACAGCAGCCACAUCACUCCUGUUACAUGGAGAGCAGCAACGGACCAGAAGCCUCUCUGUACGCCGAUGACAGCUCGUCAUCAGACCACCCUCUGGCAGACACGGCAGGCUCGGGCGGGCUCCCAGAGGCUUUGGAGUGCAGUGAGAGUCAGCCUGGGCCCUUCAUCAGCAGUAGCGGGACGUACACAUCCAAUCCAGAGCCUGAGCUGGCACAGCAGUGCUCACCCAGCCAAGAGGAGCCUCAAGGCUCCCAGGGGCCACAGGAUGAAUGUGGGUUGGUCAGGGAGAUGGAGACAUCAACAGUGGCAGAGGGCUCUGGAGACAGACCCCCAAACCUGGCUGAGCUUGAGGAGAUGAUGGAAGUGGUGAUCGUACAGCAGUUCAAGUGUAAGAUGUGUCCAUACAAGAGCGCCUCCAAAGACACACUCAUCAACCACAUGAGAGACAAACACUUUAAACCUGCAGGGGACAAUGCAAAGAAGCGUAAACGUGGACGGCCUCCUAAAAGUGAGACAUUGGCCCGUCGCCAGGCAGAGAGGCAGGAAGCUGAAGAGAGGAGGGCAGCAAAAUCGAAGGCUGCUGAGCCUCAGCAAGCAGCAGCAGAAGAAGAGGAGGAUGAUAUUGUAGACGCUGGAGCAAUUGAUGAUCCUGAAGAGGACAGUGACUACAACCCAGCUGAGGAGGAUUGCAAUGGGAGACCACCAGCUACUCUGAAGAAGCCCGCUCCUCCGAUCUCUUCCUCCUCUACAGGGCGUCCUCGACGUAAAGUUGGCCGUCCGAGGAAGUACAGCCUUUUAGAUGAAGGCUACAUCCCCAAAGAAGCAGAGAGCAUUGCAAAAAAACCCAGGAUUAAUGGGGAUGCUAGUGUGUCCGAAGAGGCAAGCUCCUCUGGGUUAAACAAUGUUCCUGCAAUGGUGACAGAUGGUGACACAGCUGAGGCAGCAAUUAGCCAAUCAGACUCUGAGAAUAAAGACCCCUCAUCCAACACACAGCCAGAGGAAGAGUUCUACCAGAGGAAGCGCGGUCGACCCUCCAAGCAUUUUCUUCGGAAGAAGUAUAAAAAAUAUAUGAAUCGAAAUCGGUAUUAUAAGUCUCUCAAACCGCUCCUGAGACCUCACAACUGUUGGAUCUGUGGCUCGCGCUUCCUCACUCAAGAAGAUUUGCGCUUCCAUGUGGACUCUCAUGAGGGCAAUGACCCCGAGCUCUUCAAGUGCCUUCAGUGCAACUAUCGAUGCAAGCGCUGGUCCUCACUCAAGGAACACAUGUUUAAUCAUGAGGGCACCAAGCCAUUCAAGUGUGAGGAGUGUGAUUACACAAGUGUCUAUAGGAAAGAUGUCAUUCGUCAUUCAGCAGUCCACAAAAAAGACAAAAAAAGAAAGACAGAGUCGGUACCAAAGGUGUCAGAGUUCCUCUGCCCUGUGUGUCACAGAGUUUACCCCAUGCAGAAGAGACUGACCCAACACAUGAAGACCCACAGCUCAGAGAAACCACACAUGUGUGACAAGUGUGGGAAAUCUUUCAAGAAACGGUACACGUUCAAAAUGCACCUGCUGACCCACAUCCAGAGCCUCGGAGACAAGUUCAAAUGUGAAUUUUGCGAUUACACCUGCGACAACAAGAAGCUGCUGCUCAACCAUCAGCUGUCCCACACUAACGACCGGCCCUUCAAGUGUGACUACUGUAAAUACUCCACUUCUAAAGAGGAGUUCCUCGUCUCCCAUCUGGCCAUCAAACACACAGGAGAGAAGCCUUUCUCCUGCGAAAUGUGUCACUUCACGACAAAGCACAGGAAGAACCUGCGUCUACAUGUGCAGUGUCGCCACCCUGAGGCAUUUGAGGAGUGGGCCGUAUCUCACCCCGAGGAGCCUGUGAGGAGGCGACGCCGACCCUUCUUUACCCUGCAGCAGAUCGAGGAGCUUAAACAACAACACGAGGACACACAGGGCCUGCAGAACACUAUUGUUGCAGUGGAUUCUGCGACACUACAAGCCAUGCAAGGUAUGGAAAAUGCCUCAGUGUCCCAGGAUGCAUUAGGAAACACCACCAUCAUCUACGAACAAGCUGAAUCCAGUGAUCUAUCCGCACAGAAUGCUCUCGACCUGCUGCUUAAUAUGAGCAAUGCCCGGGAACUGGUUGGAAACGCCUUACAGGUGGCAGUGCUAAAGUCAGAGGGCAAAGCUUUAGAAAAGGGAACAUGGAGUACUGUGACUGCAGCGCCGGGUCAGGCCCAGAAGGUCGUGACCUUCCAUGUGUCUGAGAACGGCGAGACGGUUCUACAAGAGGCCUACGAGGCAGCCACCUCAGAAACAGGAGAGCUCACCCAGAUCGCCAUCGAAGCCUACGAUGGUGGAGGAGACUUCAGUGUGGUGGAACAGACGGCUGAAGAGAAUCCUAGCCCUGAAUUCAGUAAUGGUGAGAGCAGUCCUUCUCAGACUGUGGAAGUCUCGGGGUCAGAGAGCCUGAAAAGUGAAAAGUUCUACCUCGCCUCAGCACUGCCUGAUGGUGUAUUGCAGCAGGUGGAGCUGAGCAGUGAAGCCCCAGCCUCUCCCUCUGCUGUGGGCUCUCCCGGUCUGAGCACCAAAAGGUUUUCCUGCCGGAUAUGCAUGGAGUCUUUCCACGGACGCUCUGACAUGGAGAACCACAAGAGGGCGCACUUGGAUACAAACACCUUCAAGUGUCCUGACUGUGAAUUCACCUCCACCUCCUGGCCCGAGGUCAAGGCUCACAUGGGGCAACAUUCCUAUCUCCGCCCUCACAAGUGUCCAAGCUGCAGCUUUGCCUCCAAGAACAAGAAAGACCUGCGGCGCCACAUGAUGACACACACCAAUGAGAAACCGUUUUCUUGCAAACUUUGCGGACAAAGGUUUAACCGUAAUGGCCAUCUGAAGUUUCACAUGGAGCGUCUUCACAAUCAGGAUCAUCCUACACGCAAGAAUCGCAGCACCACAUCUCAACAAACCAUCAUAGUGAACAGCGAUGAGGAGGCCCUGGCCACACUACAGUCCCUGCAGGCACAUCAGACAGUCAUCACUCCAGAGCGAUUACAGACCCUCGGACAGGAACACAUCAUCGUAGCUCAAGAACAGGCACUAUCAGACCAGGAGGAGGGCACAUAUAUCCAGCAGAUAACCACCAUAGACGGACAGACAGUUCAGCACUUGAUGACAGGAGACAACCAGGUGACUGAGGUUCAGUACAUCAUCUCACAGGACGGAGUGCAGCACUUGAUCCCUCAGGAGUAUGUGGUGGUUGCUGAUGGCAACCACAUACAGAUGCCAGACGGACAGAUCAUCCAGUACGAGCAUGACGGGGCCUUUCUGCAGGAGCAACAGAUUGCUGUGAGUCAUGAUGGUCAGAUCCAGUACCUACCUGUGAGCUCGGAACAACAGAUUGUGAAUCCUGAAGACCUGGAGGCUGCCGCCCACUCUGCUGUCACAGCUGUAGCAGAUGCAGCCAUGGCACAGACCCAGACGCUUUACACAGAAGCUACACCUGAACAGCUGGAGCAGCUGCAGCAGCAAGGCAUCCACUAUGACGUCAUUACCUUCACAGACGAGUAGAUGGCUUUUUAAGCCUACCUAGGUACAAACCUGCGCAGUGCAGGACCAACACAAACCACUAUGAGCUGACAAGUUCAGUGACCUCAACUUAUUUAUGCAUUCAGCUGGCCGUGAACUACAAAAUCAUCUGCUCGAGGGCGAUCACACUGUUCGAUGAACAGCUUUUUGUAAAGUCAAGUUAUUGCACCCAUUGCUUCUAACUUAAUCAUAGGGGUUGUGCAUUUCAGAGUUAAUUUAGGCAAGAUUGGUCUAUUCUGAAUUCUUAAAAAUGUUUUUUUUUUCUUUAUGUGCCUCAACUGCUUCCAUUUGCAAGACAAUGUUAUCAACAAAAAUCAAAUGGCUUAUGUCAUGUUGGAGAAAUUAUACAGCGCAUCCAAGUGAACAUUUUAAGUUUCUGAACGGGGGAAUGAAAAGGCAGUGUUUAUUUUUCAUCUGUAAUCAGAUAUGAUUGUUGUUAAUCCGCAGCGUUGUGUUUUAUGAAUAUGUACAUACUUUUUUCCAUUUGUCUUCUGUUCUGUGAUGGAGGAUAUGUGUUGAUUUGGUGAAUAUGAACUGUUUAAUAAGCUGAAAGCUGACACCAAAUAAAUCACUUUAUGUAUACUUUUA